AGCCUUCUGUCACAAACACUCUCCCCCACACGUCAAGGUUUCAGCAGAGUCCUGGUGAGACAACACUUAAUUCGGGAUCCAGUCAGGCUUUGGAAUCUCUUAGGUAGCACUCACUGUUUUACUACUUCAAGCUCUCAAAGGAGUAACCAGAAGAAUGGAGGAUUCAAAAAGAAAUCUCCCCAGGAGGAUGACGAGGAUGAGAAACGCAGGAAAAGGGAAAAUCAGAUGCAUCUGGAACGCUUACGGGCACUUCUCAUCAUAACUUUCAUAGUGCUGAUGUUUCGAUUCAUGGUCGGCGAGAACAGAGAAGGGACCAACAUUUCCUGGAACUACUUUCUGAAUGAGAUGCUGGCAAAGGGGGAGGUCCAGAGAAUCGAAGUGGUGCCAGAGAGCGAUAUUGUGGAAAUCUAUCUGCACCCAGGAGGAACUCCACAUGGACAAGUUAAUGUUACCCUGUUGUACACGAUGCGGGUGGCGAACAUCGACAAAUUUGAAGAGAAGCUGAGAGCUGCGGAGGAUGAGCUGAAUAUUGAUGAGAAAGAGAGAAUCCCUGUUUCCUACAAACAUCCUGGCUUCUAUGGAAAUGAUGUAAUUUCCCUGUUUGUGACACUUGUGGCUGUGACCAUGUUGUGGAGCAUCUUCCGCCUUAUCAGGGUUGCAAGCCGGGUAGGAGGAUUCAACGCCUUUAACCAGCUGAAAAUGGCUCGUUUCACCAUCGUGGAUGGGAAAUCUGGAAAAGGGAUCAGCUUCAAGGAUGUAGCGGGAAUGCAUGAGGCGAAAAUGGAAGUGAAAGAAUUUGUGGACUAUUUAAAGAGUCCUGAACGCUACCUUCAGCUUGGGGCUAAGGUGCCCAAGGGCGCCUUGCUACUGGGACCGCCAGGCUGUGGGAAGACACUGCUGGCGAAGGCAGUGGCUACGGAAGCACAGGUGCCGUUUUUGGCCAUGGCGGGCUCUGAGUUUGUGGAGGUGAUAGGAGGUCUUGGAGCUGCCAGAGUUCGGAGCCUCUUCAGAGAAGCCCAGGCUCGUGCACCCUGCAUUGUGUACAUCGAUGAAAUCGAUGCUGUGGGCAAGAAGCGCUCAACCAAUAUAUCUGGUUUUGCCAACGCUGAGGAGGAGCAGACCUUAAACCAGCUGCUGGUGGAAAUGGAUGGAAUGGGAACCACAGAUCACGUCAUAGUGCUGGCCUCCACCAACCGUGCUGAUGUCUUGGACAACGCCUUGAUGAGACCUGGGAGGCUCGACAGGCACAUCUUUAUUGAUCUUCCAACACUCCAGGAGAGAAGAGAGAUCUUUGAGCAGCACCUGAAGGGGCUCAAGCUGAUCCAAGAUGCCAGCUUCUACUCACAGCACCUUGCUGAACUGACUCCUGGCUUCAGCGGAGCUGACAUAGCGAAUAUAUGUAAUGAAGCUGCUCUUCAUGCCGCUAGAGAAGGUCACAAAUCCAUCGACACUUCCAACUUUGAGUAUGCUGUGGAAAGAGUCAUUGCAGGCACUGCCAAAAGGAGUAAGAUCUUGUCCCCAGAAGAGAGGAGGGUCGUGGCGUUCCAUGAAUCGGGUCACGCGCUGGUGGGGUGGCUGCUGGAGCACACCGAGGCUGUGAUGAAGGUUUCCAUCGCCCCUCGAACAAAUGCAGCUCUCGGGUUCGCUCAGAUCCUCCCCAGAGAGCAGUACCUCUUCACCAAGGAGCAGCUGCUGGAGAGGAUGUGCAUGGCGCUGGGGGGGAGAGUGGCCGAGGCCAUCACCUUCAACAAGGUCACUACAGGAGCACAGGAUGACCUGAAGAAGGUCACCAAGAUAGCCUACUCCAUGGUGAAGCAGUAUGGGAUGGUGCCCAGCAUCGGGCAGCUCUCCUUCCCGGACCUGGAGAGUGCAGCUGGAAUCGGCCGGCGCCCUUUCAGCCAGGGACUCCAGCAAAUGAUGGACCAUGAAGCAAAAGUCCUGGUGGCUCAGGCUUACAGGCGCACAGAAAAACUCCUACUGGAGAACAGGGACAAGCUGCAGACACUGUCCAGUGCCCUCCUGGAGAAAGAAGUGGUAAAUUACGAUGACAUUGAAGCUUUGAUUGGGCCUCCGCCCUAUGGGCCAAAGAAAAUGAUAGCUCCUCAGAGCUGGCUUCAAGCAGAGAGAGACAAGCAGGACACCAGAGAUGAAGAAAUGCCCCAGCAGCCACCAAACCACGAGGAGGAGGAAGAACCUCGCCUGAGACCAGUGUGAAGCUCGUUCCUGAUGUGGAAGGAGGACUCUAGAGGCUUCUUUUGAACUCAGACCCUUUCCCUGUUCAGCUCCGAAAUCAAAGAUGGUGAUCAGGGAAUCUCUGUGCUGCUGUUACCCAAAAAUUAA